AUGGUAGAAUUCGUCUCUGACAAGACCCGGGGCCGGGCCGAACAGGGGCUAAAUGCAGUGCUAGCAAGACAUCUUCCAGGAGCCGAUACGCGUGAGAAGAAGCGUGGCGGUGCAGCAGCUAUUGCACAGGUGAGGAAAAAUAUGGACCACUGGGACGCAAAUAGGCACGUUGCCGCUCGCGAGCGCUUGAAAACGGACAAGAAACGGAACGCAGCCAUUCGAAAAGCCAAGGAAACGGAACGCCGGGUUGAGAAGCUGGCCAAGUUGCAGGCGGGUGACAUAGAAGAGGUGGAAAAUGCCAUUGCAGAGAACGUGCGAAAAGUUAAAUCGUGGGAGCCCAGCAACGCAAAGGAGCUACGGCAGCUAGAACUCAAGAUUAUAAGGCUGCGCAAUAAGGAGAUUUCGCGGCGCAAAAAGGUUAGGCAGAGCAAGCUCAAGAAAGAUCAGUUCCAAGCUAAGGUUAAGAAGGGACUCAUUUCUGUGCCAGGACUUACUCCAGGACUUGCUCCUGUGGGGGAAACUGGUUCGAGCGACGACGAGGUGGAGCUGGAUGGGGACGACGUCCAGCUGAAGGACGAUUACGACGAAUAUAACUAA